AUGGUCUACACCAUCGUCGUCCACCUCCAGUCCAAGCCCGACACCGUCGACAAGCUCAAGGCCAAGCUCAUCGAGGCCGCGGGCGUUUACCGCAAGGACAAGGAGACGCUCGACUGGCACGUCAUGCAGGACCCCAAGGACGCGACCAAGUUUUGCAUUGUCGAGCGGUACUUGAAUGAGGACUCGCAGCAGUACCACUUGGGCAACCCUUACUGGAAGACCUUCGACCCGUACGUCAUCCCCCUCCUUGCCGGCCCCAUGGACCUCACCCGCUGGGAGGAGAUGUAA